AUGUCUGACACAGCCCUCAUCAUCGUCGACGUCCAGAACGACUUUCUGCCCCCGAGCGGGUCUCUCGCAGUCCCAAAUGGGCGAGCCGUACUGCCCGUCAUCGAGGAGAUGUUGGGUCCCGAAUGGGAGUGGGGCCUCGUUGUAGCUAGCCAGGACUAUCACCCGCCAUCCCAUAUAUCCUUUGCUUCCUCCCAUCCGCCUCACCCGCCAUUCUCAGAGCUCGAGCUGCCAAAACACGAUUCCCGCAACGCAACUUACACCCAAACCCUCUGGCCUGACCAUUGCGUCCAAGGAACGCCUGGAGCAGAGAUAGAAGCGUCUUUGGGUGAAGCUUUCAAAAAGAGAGGAGGGGUGAGGUUGGUAAGGAAGGGUACGGACCCCAGGAUUGAAGCAUACUCGGCCUUUGAAGGCGAGGUCCUAUCCGAAUCAUACCCCGCACCUCCUGACGCCGAGCCCCCCAAGAGAGUACCCAAUGGUCCAUCCGCCUUGACCGACUUUCUCAGAGAUUCGGAUAUAGAGAGAACGGUAAUAGUCGGCCUGGCUACCGACUAUUGUGUCAACCAAACAGCCAUCAGCUCCAUCCUCUCCGGCUUUUCGACCGCUCUCCUUACUCCCGCCAUGCGGGGCAUCUCUCCAGAAGGCACUGCCGCCACCUUGACCGCACUAGAGGGAAUGGGUGGUGCCAUCAUCGGGCGAGACGGUAACGGAGAGGGGUGGCAAUUCCAACUGCACGAAUGGCUCAAGUAG